AUGGGCAACGAUACAGAACAUAACCACAAGUCUUGGGACGAAAAGAAAGCGGAAUUACAUGUGAUACUCCUUUGCUCCGUGGUUUUAAUUCUGGCCGCUAUAAUUGUAGCCGGAAAUUCUCUGGUGAUUGCUUCAGUUAUUUCCAACAGAAGACUUCAGAGUAAGACAAGCGCGUUCAUCACAAGUCUCGCGGUUUGUGAUCUCAUCAUAGGUCUGGUGUUAAUGCCACUUAUUGUGGUCUCAAACACUCUAGGCCCUGCUGUACAAAACGGGUUGGAUUACUGUCAUGUUACUAUCUCUGUAGCCAUAAUGCUUAUGUUUAACUCGGUGGCAAAUCUCGGUGCAGUGACCUUCGAUCGCUUCUUGGCCGUGGUGGUUCCUUUACGCUACAAAUCAAUUAUGACGAAAAGGGUUAUAGUACCAAUCAUCGCCUUUGUAUGGAUUUUUUCGACAGUUUUUGGAUUUAUACCUUUCAUGGGUUGGCGUACUGUUGUGAAACCUAAGCCAGGCUCGGGGCUUUUUUGUCAAGUUCCACUGAAUCUUGCGCCUGGUUACAUCAUUACAGUUUGUGUCGUAGGAUUUCUUCCUUCCAUCUUCGUACUAGUAGCGUAUCUCAAAAUCUUUCAGACUGCUUACCUUCACGAAGUAAGGAUUGCAGCAGCUAUUAACAGCGUUCUUCGCAACCAAACCGAACUCAAACUAAAUAUGAUUAAGGAGAUGAAGGCUGCUAAAAUGGUAGCGCUCGUUCUUGGCGCGUUCAUAAUUUCGUGGGCUCCUCUGUAUAUUAUCAUGAUUGUUGACAUCGCCAUGAAAAAUGCUGUGAACUCGUAUAUUUACGCGGGAGGAGUAAUUUUCGCUACGCUAAACUCAGCACUGAAUCCUGUUAUUUAUGCAUCUAUGAAUUCUGAAUUUCGAGACACAUUUAGAGCGUUAAUUCAAUGCCAGAAUGUGAAUGCGAACAGAAUUGCUCCAGGGCCAAGUUAA